AUGGACGACGUCGGCCUCGACCGCAAGUUGGUCAUCAUCGGCCCCACGGACGUGGGCAAGACGUCCAUCACCAUGCGCUAUUGCCACGGCAGCUUCUCGACGCCCACGUCCGCGACCAUUGGCGCGUCGUUCCUCCAGAAACGAGUCAUUGUCAACGACGACGCGCAACCCGACGACGCGGCCACGAGCGACGCGCGACGGAAACUGACGCUCCAGAUAUGGGACACGGCGGGCCAAGAGCGCUUCCGGUCCAUGGCGCCGCUCUACUACCGCAACGCAAAGGCCGCGAUCCUCGUGUUUGACCUGCAGAGCGAAGCGAGUUUCGAGAAGAUUCAAGAGUGGCUGCACGAUUUGCAGCAUUACGUGGACGACGACAUUGUGCUAGCAGUCGUGGGCAACAAGAGCGACGUGCCGUCGAGUUUUGACUUUCGGAAAGCACAGGCGUUUGCCGACAAGAUUGGCGCUCGAGUGUUUCGCACGAGUGCCAAGACGGGUGAAGGCGUACAGGCGCUGUUUGAGAGUUUAGCAGUGCAGCUGCUGAAGAAACACGAUCAAGAGCAGCGCGCACGAGGUCGCAAUGUAUCGCGAGCAGGAAACGCCACCGGAGCGAGCGCAUUCGGCCACGAUAGCCAAAACAACUCGGUCAUCCUCAGCCAAGCACACGGCAAUGGCAACAAGUCGUCCAAGAACGGCUGUUGCUAG